AUGGAUUGGGAUGGAGAUGGAGAUGGAGAUGAAAGGGAAGAGUUUGGAACUGGGGAUUUAGAUAAAUUGCAUCUAGAUUUAGCUGCCUUGUAUUCUGCGAUGGAUAAUCUUGCGACGACGAUGAUUUCCUGUGCACUUGAUCUCGAAGCCAGAAGCACCUCACAUGAUAUCCAGAUAUGGCCUUUGUCGUCAGCGGAGAGUAACUUCAUCCAGACUCUCAACGCCCAAAGUUCCAGCUCCAAUUCCUCGGAGGCAUCCCACAUUGCGCUUGAAGUCCCUACCGGCCCGAAUACCAGCUCCAGUCAUCCUGACAUCCCCACUCCCAGGAUGGGCCCAAACGAAAAAAACCGCCGUGCGAAAGUCCACAUGGAUACUGGUCCGGCUGCUGGGAUCCCUUUACGCGACCUCAUCCCGGAGUAUCGUCCACCAUUGGCAAUCUGUAGAACGGGAAGCGAUGAGAAGCAGGGGUUGGUAGGGCAAACAAACAGGGCUACCACGCUUUUUCGCUACGGUGCCAAUUACCACGCGUGGGUUUUGACACAUGAUUUAGAAUCGGGGUAUUGA